CGGAAGUGACGCAAAACUGCACCGCCAGCGCGCGGCAGGAGCUGGGUUUAGACCGCUUCAGGGACGGAGGGCUUUCACCGGAUGGUUGCAGCGGGGCAAUCAUGACGGGGAAGAAGUCCUGCCGGGAGAAGCGACGCAAACGAAGCGGUCAGGAGGCGGCCGCGGCGCUCGCGGCGCCGGACCUGGCACCCGCGCUCGCCAGCAGCGGCAGUGGAAACACGAGCGGCUGCGGCAGCACCAGCGGCUGCGGGAGUGUCACCUGCUGUGGGAACACCGUUUUCAGUGGAAGUGUCUCUGGUGGUGGGAGCGGCGUCGAGCGCUGCGAGCGCCGGAAGCGGAGGAGCACUGACUCAUCUUCCAGCGUCUCGGGCUCCCUGCAGCAGGAAACCAAAUAUCUUUUGCCAACUUUGGAUAAAGAAUUAUUCUUGGCAGAGCACAGUGACCUUGAGGAAGGUGGACUGGACCUGACUGUAUCAUUAAAACCAGUUAGUUUCUAUAUAUCAGACAAAAAAGAAAUGCUUCAGCAGUGUUUCUGUAUAAUAGGAGAGAAGAAGUUGCAGAAGAUGCUUCCUGAUGUGUUAAAGAACUGUUCACUAGAAGAAAUAAAAAAACUAUGCCAGGAACAGUUAGAACUCCUGUCUGAAAAAAAAAUCUUGAAGAUUCUUGAGGGUGACAAUGGUAUGGACUCUGAUAUGGAAGAGGAGGCAGAUGAUGGCUCUAAGAUGGGAUCUGAUUUAGUCAAUCAACAAGACAUCUGUACAGAUUCUGCUUCAUCCUUGCGAGAGAACAAGCAACCUGAAGGUUUGGAAUUAAAACAAGGCAAAGGGGAAGAUAGUGAUGUACUCAGUAUAAAUGCAGAUGCUUAUGACAGCGACAUAGAAGGCCCAUGCAACGAAGAAGCAGCUGCUCCUGAGGUCCCAGAAAAUACAGGCCAGAGUGAAGCUGGUCAGAUAGAUGACCUGGAGAAAGACAUUGAGAAAAGUGUGAAUGAGAUUCUGGGACUGGCAGAGUCUAGUCCAAAGGAGCCCAAAGCAGCCACCCUGCCUGUGCCUCCUCCAGAAGAUGUUCAGCCUUCUGCACAGCAGCUGGAGCUGCUAGAACUUGAGAUGAGGGCGAGAGCAAUUAAAGCUCUAAUGAAAGCUGGUGAUACAAAAAAACCAGCCUAGUUACUUAAUUUGAAUCUGAAUUUUAGGUAUGUUUGAACAAAGCCCAUGUCAUAUAUUUUGUAUCUGAAGUUUAUUUUGGGUCUUAGAUGAUAAUUCUCAUGUAACCCUUAUUAGAUAAAUUCAUCUUAGGGCUAAAAUACCUAUGGUUUUUGUUGUCAGUAUGUGUGUUAUUAUUUUAUGAAUUCAUCGCAAAUAUUGCUGAAUAACCUGGAUACUUUGUUAGAUGAGUAUUUAGCUGUGUCUGCAAAUUAGUAAAUGAAAAACUGUUAGCAAAGAGUUAUAGCAUUUUUUUCUUUAUGUUUAUGUGUUUUGGCAUCAACCCUAAAAGUUUAAGAACGAAUGACCAAGUGUGCUGCUCUUAAGGCUAACUAUAUUUUGUGAUAGAAUAGCAAUUAUGGCUCUUAGAUUUGUUAACACUUGAAGAAAUUUUAAAAUACAUACUGUAUUGAAGAUGCCUUCUGUGAGUAUGGAUUUACCAGUAAAAACUGAAUGACAGUUUUUGUUAUAAGCCUUAGAGGUCUGAAAUGGCUGAGAGAAAUUUUUUAUAAAAGAAAAAAAGGACAUAAUUUAAGACAGUUUUAAACAGAGUAGAAGUAAUUGCCUAGCUUUAAUUCCAGCAGACAAGCGAUUUAACAAGUAUUUGAUAUUAUUGGAUACUUUGUUCAAGUUUUUUCCUUCAAUAAAAAGGGAAGACAUUUUCAUUUACAUUCCAAGCUAUCAUGAAAAGGAGAAUAUUUUAUCAUACAGGCUUUUAUCUGGUGUUUUUGCUUAAAGAUCUGAUGUGCUAUAAUUCCACGAAAUAAAAGUAAUAGACUAUUAUUCUGGAUCUGAAGACUUUUGAUACGUUUCCAAAAGCAAAUUGAUUUCAGGAAGCUUUGAUAAGUUGAUGUUACAAUUAAUCUAAUUUUGUAUAGUUUUUGUAAAUAAAUUAACAUCCUGCUACAAUUACA